AUGAAGAGGAAUUUUGAAUACAAAACUCUAAAAUCAAAUGGUCAAAGGCUUGUUGUUGCUUGUAGUGUUGAUGGUUGUAAGUGGUAUAUACGGGCCUUAACAAUUUCUUCUACUCAGGUUUGGGUCAUUAGAGGGUAUGCAAAGGACCAUACUUGCACUGUUGACGUUGUGUGUGGUGACCAUAGGCAAGCAACAAGCCUUAUCAUUAGUGAAUGUGUGAAGCAAAAAGUCAUUGAUGGAGAAUGUAAUGACAUGAAAUCAAUAAUUAAGCACAUGCGUAAGGAAUUUGGAGUUGGUGUUAGUUAUUACAAGUCAUGGAGAGCAAAUGAACUUGUUUUGGAAGCAAUUCAAGGUUGUUUAGAGGACUCUUAUACCCAAUUACCUUCCUUGUGCUAUGCUUUGAGUUACACAAAUCUUGGUACUGUUACUGAUAUUGAAGAUGGCGGUAAUGGUCAUUUUAAGUAUUUCUUUGUAUCAUUUGCUGCUUCUAUUGAGGGAUGGAGCCAUUGUCGACCAAUUAUAUCCAUUGACGGAACUUUUUUAAGGAACAAAUAUGCAGGGACUCUUCAAAUUGCAUGUACUAUGGAUGGAAAUAAUUCAAUCUUUCUAUUAGCAUUUGCAGUUAUUGACUCAAAGACUGAUGUUUCUUGGGAAUGGUUUAUGUAUAAGUUGAAGAGUAAUAUAAGAACAAAGUUCAAACACCCUUCAGUUGUUGGUAUCUUCAAUCAUUAUGCUAGGGUAUAUAAGUUUUCUGAUUUUGAACAUGAGAUGAAGAAAUUAGAUCAAGCGGCACCUGGCAUUCGUGAUUAUCUUCUAGAUGUGGGUUAUGAAAAGUGGUCACAUUGUUAUUCUAUGAGGAGACGGUCAAAUGAUGUAAAUGAAUUCACUACAGUGCAUGGCAAAUCUAGUUUUAUUGUUUACUUGGAGAUUAGAAGCUGUAGUUGUAGGAAGUGGGAUUUUGAAGAGAUUCCUUGCUUUCAUGCUUGUGCAGUAAUUAGCAAGCAAUGA